AUGGAGGAUGCCUUUAAGACCUCAGACUGGGGGGAACGAGACAUCAACGUCAACGGUGGAUACAUCUCUCACCUUCGUUUCACCGAUGAUAUCGACAACUUUACGGAGACGUUGGAUGAGCUACGCCAAAUGCAGGCCGGCCUAAAUGACUCCUUCCGACGAGACGGUCUCGGUAUGAAUUUGGACAAAACGAAAGUUAUGUUUAACAACCGAGUUAUACCGAGGGCGGAUGUAACAGCGUUAAGGGAGCACGAGUCCCAUCAUACCGGGGAGAAACUACUUACCUGUAAAUUAUGUGACAGUAGCUUUAGGACCAGUGGGGCUCUUAGUAGACAUAAGAGGGUAGUCCAUAAUGUUGUUAAUAGAUUACUACUGUUAAAACACACAGAAUCAGACAUUGAAGAUGUGGAACAAUAA